AUGGGAACAAAACUGGCGAAGCUUGCCCAGCGCGGUGCUCACCUAGGUCUAAGCACAAAGAAGUUCGAAAGAACUGUUGGUCGAAGAAUUCGUUUAAUAUAUCAUCAGCCUUGGCUCAUUGGAAAGACUCCUCUGGUGGACUUUCAUUACCAAACAACAGAAUGUGCCCAUGAAACAAGCGCAAUGAUACUGGUGUUACAUAUUACAAAUAUUAAAGAUACCCAAGUUCAUUAUAAAUGCUUUGUCAAAGUUCUCCCUAGACACUCUCCGCACAAUAUUAUUACCCAAGACUAUUCUCCACGAAAAAAUUGGUUCCUUCCGUGA